AUGGGUGCGGAAAGAACUGGGCACGAUGCCCAACAACAGCCAGCACGGGUCGAAAAGAACGGCGAGCCGCGCUGCAAGGCGACGAUGAUACCACCGAACUCAGCCAAGACGCUCCACCAGCUUACGGGCCACGAGGCCCUCAAUACGCCCGUACAUGUUGAGCACCAGCUGAGUGUGCUCACGGAACAGCAGGCCGUCCUAGACGAGUGUACCCGCCAGUGCAAUGGUAAGUUCAAAAACAUCGAGGACGCUCUCUGUCCACGGAGUUGGACAAGCAUUAUGCAAUCAUCGACGGUCUAG